AUGAAAACGUCAAUUCUUCAGAUUCUAGCUCUGACUAGCCUUAUCCAAGCAUUGCCGUUUCCCUACGUCAACAAAAGACACGAUACAUCCGACCCUUGUGAGCUUCCCCAACCAGCACAAGAGGAUGAUUGUGAAUUCAACGGUAAUAGUUACCAAUGGAAAAAGUCCUGUGUAGGCUUUGAUGGAAAUUUCAACUACAAAGUAGACUAUUCGGAGUUACAAAACAACGACAAUUGUAACAAAGUUGCUGUAGUUGCUGGAGGACAAACCCACACUCUUCUUGACAGAACCUCUGGCGUUGAGACUGACAAAUUCAGCUGCCAACCAGAGGAUGAUAAUAAUGGUAAUUAUUGUCCUCCGGAGACUUAUGAAGUGGAAGCAUGCUUUGGUCAACAUACAUAUACGCACACUGUGAGCAACGAUCAUAAUUGUAUUCCAACGACUUGCAGUACUGCUACUACUCCUACUACUGGCCCAACCACUGGUCCAACUUCGGACAGCACUUCUUGCACGACCGAUACUACUCCAACUACCGGACCAACCACAGGUCCAACUACUGGUCCAACCUCGGACAGUACUUCCUGCACGACCGAUACUACUCCAACUACCGGACCAACCACUGGUCCAACUACUACUCCAACUACUGGACCAACCUCGGACAGCACUUCUUGCACGACCGAUACUACUCCAACCACUGGUCCAACCUCGGACAGUACUUCCUGCACGACCGAUACUACUCCAACUACCGGACCAACCACUGGUCCAACUACUGGACCAACCUCGGACAGUACUUCCUGCACGACCGAUACUACUCCAACCACUGGUCCAACUACUGGCCCAACCACUGGUCCAACCUCGGACAGUACUUCCUGCACGACCGAUACUACUCCAACUACCGGACCAACCACUGGUCCAACUACUGGACCAACCUCGGACAGUACUUCCUGCACGACCGAUACUACUCCAACUACCGGACCAACCACCGGACCAACCACUGGCCCAACUACUACUCCAACCACUGGACCAACUUCGGACAGCACUUCUUGCACGACCGAUACUACUCCAACCACUGGUCCAACCUCGGACAGUCCAACCACAGGUCCAACCACAGGUCCAACCACAGGUCCAACUACCGGUCCAACUACUGGUCCAACUACUAAUCCAACUACCGGACCAACCACAGGACCAACCUCAAAAAGUACCUCCUGCCCAACCGAUACCACUUCAACUACCGGACCAACCACAGGUCCAACCACAGGCCCAACUACCGGUCCAACCAGAGGUCCAACCACAGGUCCAACCACAGGUCCAACUACUGGUCCAACUACUGGUCCAACUACUGGUCCAACUACCGGACCAACCACAGGUCCAACCUCAAAAAGUACUUCCUGCCCAACCGAUACCACUCCAACCACAGGUCCAACCACAGGUCCAACCACAGGUCCAACCACAGGUCCAACCACAGGUCCAACUACUGGUCCAACUACUGGUCCAACUACUGGUCCAACUACUGGUCCAACUACCGGACCAACCACAGGUCCAACCACAGGCCCAACUACCGGUCCAACCAGAGGUCCAACCACAGGUCCUGUUACUCCGCAUCCAUCUACGAGUACUCAUGCUUCGGUCACAACUGCUUACACUACUGUCACAUGCAGUCUUGAGAAGUGCACUACUAUCACUAUUCAUCCAACCGGUUCUACCGAAAUACCCUCUCAAUCUACCCCAGUAGUGUCCCCUUCAGAAGAGAAAGCCACUAGUGGUGCUCCCUCACAUGGUACUUCCACCAGUGUGCACGCCUCGGCAUUCACCACUGUGACUUGCCAUAACCAGGAAUGCUCUACUAUUGUCAUCAUACCAACUGAAGCUUCAACACCUUCCACUCAUACAUCAUCUGACACUAUAUCCGCAUCCACAAGUGCUAAGCCAACUGGUAGUAGCACCGCAACUCAGUUAUCGACCUUCAAAGGUGCAGGUAACCCGCUCAAGGCCCCUAGCAACUUGCUAGCAGGACUUGGAUGUCUUUUCCUUCUUAUCUAA